GGAGCCCGGAGCCCGGAGCGCGGAGCCCGGAGCCCGGAGCCCGGAGCGCGGAGCGCGGAGCCGGGAGCCCCGAGCGCGGAGCCUGGCGGCGGCAGCUGGAACGGCAACCGGAGCCCGAAUCCUGCCCGGCCCCCGCGAGCAGAAACCAUUCUCUUGGGACCGUUCACAGGCAAGAGACACCAACGCUGUGACAUAUGCCAGUUCCACCGCCACCUCCACCUCCACCUCCUCCUCUGCCUCCGCCUCCCCCGCCUCUGGGAGCACCUCCCCCUCCCCCGCCAUCAGCACCCCCGGCGAGUACAGAAGCUUCCAGCUUGAGAAAGGCCGAUCCCAAAGGUCGAAGUGCACUGUUGGCUGACAUCCAGCAAGGAACUCGCCUUCGGAAAGUCACGCAGAUCAAUGACCGCAGCGCCCCGCAAAUCGAGAGUCCUAAAGGAGCCAACAAAGAAGGAGGAGGUGCUGCAAACUCUCGAGGAGGGAGCACGCCCCCAGCCCUGGGAGAUCUGUUUGCUGGCGGCUUCCCUGUGCUGCGACCGGCAGGCCAGAGGGAUGCAGCAGGCAGCAAGACAGGGCAGGCCCCUGGCUCCCGAGCGCCUUCUCCCCGGCUUCCCACCAAAACUAUGGGCGGGCCGCUCACCGCCCCUGCGUCUCCCAGGCUAGGUACUGCUUCCGAGGCCAGGGCGGCCCCCGCUCGCCCCAGCAUGCCUGCCCCACCCCCUCCCACCCUGCCCCCACCACCCCCGCCGCUGCCCCCGCCCCUGCCCCCUUCCUCCCCCAUCAGAACUCCGCUGGUGUCCCCACCUGGCUCACAGACCAAAGGGAAUGCCCUGGCAGCCACACCCGCCCUGCCCUCUGCACCGCCCUCUGCCCCCCCUCCGCCUCCCCCUCCACCCCCGCCACCUCCCCCAACGCCACCCCCUCUCCCCCAGACCCCCAUCUUCAGUGACAGGACCGUGAAGCCGCAGCUAGCCCCCUUGCACUUACCGCCCGUCCCGCCCCCGCUGCCUCUCCUCCCGCCCUGCGGGCACCCAGGGCUCCAUGCAGAUGCUGCCAGCCCCACCCAAGAUGCCCGGGAGCCUCCCGUCCCGCCCCCGCCGCCCCCGCCCCCGCCCCCACCCCCACCACCUCUCCCCAUUUACGCCACCUGCACCCCGAAGUCCUUGGUGCCAUCAUCGCCCCCAGUGCCAGGCCCUAACAACAGCAGCGAAGCCCCACCCCCACUGCCCCCCAAGUCCCCCAGCUUCCAGGCACAGCCCCCGAAGGCCAGCGUGCAGGCCUUGCCCACCCCGCCCGCCCCGCCUGGACAGCCCUUCCUGCAGAAGAAGAGGCCAGGCCGAGGCCCAGGUACCAGUGGGGGAAGGCUGAACCCACCCCCAGCACCUCCUGCGAGAUCCCCCACCACAGAGCUUUCCAGCAGGAGCCAGCAGGCCCCAGGCUGGGCCCCGACCCCGCAGCCGGGAGGCCAGCUGUGGAAUGGAGGCCUGCACAUCAUCGAUGACUUCGAGUCUAAAUUCACGUUCCAUUCCGUGGAAGACUUCCCGCCUCCGGAUGAGUAUAAGCCCUGCCAGAAGGUGUACCCCAGCAAGAUCCCCAGGAGCCGUACACCUGGUCCCUGGCUCCACGCCGAGGCUGCCGGGCAGAGCUCCGAUGACAUCAAAGGCAGAAACUCUCAGUUAGCUCUGAAGACGCUCCGGUGAGAAGACCGAGGAAGCCAGCGUCCUGCAAGCCCCCGGGGCUCCCCACGGCGGACGGGCGGCCCAGGAGGCCGGGUUGGACCUCACCGAACGCCAGUUGCAAUGCAGAUGACAUUCAGGCUCCGCACGGAGCCUUUAUUUAUUGUAAAUACGUGGUUUGCACAGGCUUUACAUCGGUAUCUUACUCGACUUUCAUUUUGUAAA